AUGGAUAGCUUGAAGGAAAGUGUAAACACAUACAGCUCUGAAGGGCGAAUCCACCAGAUUGAAUAUGCAAUGAAGGCUAUGAAUCUCGGAACAACAACGAUUGGAGUAUGUACAAGCGAGUUUGUGAUUCUAUGCUCCGAAAAGAAGGUGAUGUCGACAUUGCAGAAUCCAAGAAGCAUCCUGAAACAUCACAAGAUUUAUGACAACAUUGUGCUUGGGUUUUCUGGAAUAAGCGGGGAUACAAAAACAAUUGUGAAGAAGUCUAGGGAUUUUUGCAUAUCUCAUACAUACAUGUAUAAUGAAAAUACAAGUGUUGAACGAUUGUUGAAGUAUUUGUCUAGCUUGAGUCUGAGAUUUAGUGAAGAGGACGAGGCAAAAAUGAUAUUCAGAAGACCUUUUGGUGUUUCUCUUCUGGUUGCAGGGUUUGACAUUGAGCCAAGGCUGUACUCUUUGGAUCCUUCAGGAUCAUACAUUGGCUAUAAGGCAAAGGCAAUAGGAUCUGGACAUGAGGUAAUUGAAGGAUUGCUUGAGGAGGAGUAUGAAGAAUACAAAAAUCUUGAAGAGUCAUUAAAAAGGGUAUUGCUGACGCUUGCCAAGGCAAUGAAGGACAAGAUCAGCAAAGACAAUGUAGAGAUUGCAAUUGUUACUAAAGAUGAAACCAAAUUCCUGGAGCCUGAGGAGAUUGCAAAGUAUCUAUGA